ACAGUCAUGGCGGACCGUCUGUCGCAGCUUCAAGAUGCAGUUAACAUGCAAGCAGAGAACCUUUAUAAUAGCAUAGGCUGUUUGUUUAAUUCAGCACCACCAUGUAGCUUUGAUAAAAGUGGCAAGACUCCUUCACAAAAUGAAAAUCCUGAUGAUAUGACUGAACACAAGAGAGUCUUUGCCACUCUCAUUGCUCGAAAUGCUAAGGAUAUAGAUGUAUUGAUUGAAAGUCUUCCAUCUGAAGACUCUUCAGCUGAACUUCAGACAGCCAACAUGAGGGUGCUAGAGCAGGAAGGUGAAGAAGCUGCUCUGAAGCUCCAACGAGGCAUUGAUCGAGGAGACAAGUUACUUGAAGAGAUCAACAGAGCUCUCAAUGAAAUUGCCAACACACAGUUAGCUAUCAACCGCAUCACAGAUGCUUCACAGGGUGAUGCAAUUAAGAUAUGAAUCUUUUGCUAUUAGAUUUUGAGUAGAUGCCCAUUUUUACAAGUAAAAAAGCCUUCCAAAACUAGGCAGUCACAGCAUUCCUUUAAGGCACUGUCUUUAUUUCAGAAUGAAAAUGAGCUUUUUUACUAUAAGUUUGUUGAUGAAGUUUAUCAAAAAAACAAGUCAGCAUUGGCAGAGGAGCUUAAAAAAGCUCUUAGUAAAUUCCUAACACCCAUUUAAACAUCAGUUGCUUCACAUCUACUGCAUGGCUGAUGCAAAGAUAUGAGUCUUUUGGUGUUGGAUUUUGAGAAGAUACCCUUUGAUAAAUGCAAAGGAACCUUCUAAAAUUGACAUGUACAACUGCAGGUCUUAGCUGUCACUUUUACAUCAGAUUGAAAACAGAGUUUGCCAAAAAUAGAAUGAUAUUGAUAAGCUUGAUAAAACUUUUUGUUAAAGCACUAAUACUCAGCCAGCCAUGUAUUACAUCACAGACAUAUAGAGUGAUGCAGUUAAGAUAUCAUCUUUUGGUAUAAGAAUUUUAGAAGAUACCCAUUUUCAUAAGCAAAAUAGCUUUCUAGUAUUGGCAGGGACAACUUUCCCUACUGAGAAUUUCUUCUAAUUCAGAAUGAUUGUGCCAUGUAAAUUUGUUGUUGAGGUUUGUCACAAAAAUGGGUCAGUGAAUUCUUUAACUUGAUGCCACAAGUGCUGUUAUGUACAAAUAUGCCCUGCCCAUUGUGAGUCUUUAUACAUAGAUGGCUCCAUAAGUACUUUGUCACCAGUGAAUCAGUUACUAGUACUACAUACCUCCCGUUUAAUCUUUUCCUUGAUUUCUAGAAAUAUUUUCUUUCAUCUUAUAUUGCUACUAUGAUAUGGAAUUGUCUAUAAUGUAGAGACAUUUUACUAAAGUGAACACUACAUUUUCCCAGCGUCUUUGGGUUAAGAAAAUCAACAGAGGUCCCAGUUGACAAUGGCUAGUUUGCCAUCACUCCCAGCAGUGGAUACUUUGCAGAAAGGAAUCUUUUGACAUUAGAUUUUGAGAAAAUAACCAUUUUUCAAAAGUGAAAAAUCCUUCUAAUCUUGGCAAGAACCCCUUUUCCUUUUAGGACAUUGCCUCCAAUUCAGAAUUAAAUGAAGCUUUGCUAAGUAAGUUUCUCCAUGUUAGACCCUUUUUUUAAUACUUGAGGUUAGAUAGUGGUAUUUUCUAGCAUUUAUCAUUUUGUAAGAAUAUUCUAAGGAUACAUUGAAGGAUUGCUUACAUGUAGAAUUACUAGUGGCAGUAUACAUACAGCAGGAAUGUUUAUAUUUUUAUAUUUUUUUGUAAUAAAAAAAGUAUGUAUAUAUAUAAAUUGUUACAGUUGAAUGUAUUUUUAUAUGUCUUCACUUAUUUACCAUGUAAUGGUGAUGAUUAUUUCUAAUGUUACUUGUAGUUAGAAUAAAAUUAAGUCACAGAUUGGGUUAGAAAACUGACUAAUGCUAUUGGUAUUAGAUUGGACUGUAGUGUGAAAUAGAAUAUCACUUAGUUGACUGGGUCCUUUUUAUGUAAAGUGAAGAGAAUUAUGACUUACCUAGUUUUUAAAUUUGUCAAGAUGAAAAUUACAAAUGGAUUUAAUUUUGAAACUAGUGAGAAAACUAUAAGAAUCACAAAUAUUAAAAUUUUGUUAUACCGUUGACUUUUCCAACAUAUUUAUUCCUGUAAUUUAAUGAAAUUGCAGUAAAGUUUGAAUAGAUGGCAUAAUAUAGACACUCCUCUGUAUGAUUAGAUUCUUCAAACUAGUUCUUAGUUGCCUAAAACAAAACUAAGGAAAUAGUGUAAUAUCACAUUUCUACUAUGAUGAUAAGUAAAUGAAUUUAGUGCGACAGAAUUUGAUAGCUAUACAGAACAGCUAGUUUCUCAAUUUCUUUUCUCCGCUGCGCAGUUUCAUUUUCAUGUCCUCUUGAUAUCUUUACCUAUGAUAACUGUAUCUCUAUGUUCAUUGGGGUAUAUUCUGAAUUAAAGCCAAAACAACAAGAGUAUCUUUGUUGUCAAAACUUGGCCUUUUUUCGUUUUAAAUGGAAGUAUGCAUAGGGGAAAGAUGAACUAAAAAUAAAAUAGUUCAAGAUUUUGCAAACCAACUUUGUAACCAAUUGUUUUCUUGGGCCCUUUAUCCAGUGUAGAUUUUAUUGAGAGCAGUUAGGUAUUGUCACUGAAUAGGAUAAGUGUCUACUAGGUUUCAGUUUUAUUUUGAAUUUUAAAGCAUAGAUAUAUCAUCAAAAGUACUGUUUUUAUGUUAACUUUCUUUUAUGAUGAUAAUUUAUCUUUAUGUAUGGUAAUUGUGGGUUUAUAAUAUUACUCCCAGUGGAAACAAAAUGCAUAUAUAGUGUGUGUGUGUGUGUGUGUGUGUGUGUGUGUGUGUGUGUGUGUGUGUGUGUGUGUGUGUGUGUGUGUGUGUGUGUGUGUGUGUGUGUGUGUGUGUGUGUGUGUGUGUGUGUGUGUGUGUGUGUGUGUGUGUGUGUGUGUGUGUGUGUGUGUGUGUGUGUGUGUGUGAGAGAGAGAGAGUGAGUGUGUACAUUAUAUUGAUAUAACAGCAUGAUUUGAGUACCAUUUAUUUAAGAGUUGGUUAUGUUAUCAGAUAGCUAAAUUAGACUUAAAAAUCACAGGUUUUAAGAUUUAAGAUUUAAAGAAAAAAUUGCAAGUGAAGGUUUUAAGAGAAAAGGUGUUGUCAUAUGCAACCAGGCUGACUGUUAGUUGCUUAACUGUUGAUGAAUUUUUUUAUAGUUAAAUUUUAUUGCACUAUAAAAUAAUGACUAUACUCAGGUCCAGGUUUGAAAACAUGUUCAGCAUUUCUAAUGUAAAUAUAUAUCUUUAUUACUUUACUACUCUCUUUUAUACAGCCAUACAGUAUUAAGAUACUGAAUUGAGUUUUGUAAUAAUGAGUUAAUAAAGGUAUCAAUCCCA